CCCUCUCCCAUCCUCCCCUCCCUAUAAGUACGAUAAAUCAAUGAUGCACAUAACACGUUUCAAUUUGUUCUGUAUGUGUUUCUCUGUAUCGUCACAAGCAAAAGGAAUCAUGGGGCCAGAAAUGCUACAAUUCCCACUUACGUCCACCAAUCAAACAGAUGCUUAUAAGGAGAAGUCUUGCAGAAGCAAGGCUCUUUGCUUCUUCCUAUGUUUCCUCGCCAUCUCAACUGUAGGCCUAACAUGUGGAGGCAAUUUGACUACCUGGGUUUUACGAGGAGGAAACAAAUUCCACUUGAGGAUUAGAGCUAAUGAUGGGGAGAUUGUGGAGUCGGAGCAAGGAGUUGUGGCUGCUGAUGACGGCCGAUGUUCUGAAAUCGGAGCAUCAAUGCUUAGAAAAGGUGGCCAUGCCGUUGAUGCUGCAGUUGCAACAGCCCUAUGUGUUGGAGUUGUUAAUCCAAUGUCCAGUGGAAUAGGAGGUGGAGCUUUCAUGAUUGUCAGGUCUUCAUUGACAUCUAAAACUCAAGCUUUUGACAUGAGAGAAACUGCUCCUUCAGCUGCUUCACAGAAUAUGUAUGCAAACAACAUAGAAGACAAGUACUCAGGUCCAAUGUCAAUUGGAGUUCCCGGCGAGAUUGCCGGCCUUUAUGAAGCUUGGCUACAGCACGGGCGUUUAGCUUGGAGGACUUUAUUCCGACCAGCCAUAAAACUUGCAAGAGAUGGUUUUGUCGUUGCUCCUUAUCUUGGAUUAGCAAUAGCUUACAGUGCAGGAAAGAUCAUGAAUGACACUGGGUUAAAGCAAGUGUUUGCACCAAAUGGGAAGUUGUUACAAGCUGGUGAUAGAUGCUACAAUGUGGAGCUUGCCAGGAGCCUGGAGGCAAUAGCAGAACAAGGGCCACAAGCCUUGUAUAAUGGGACUGUUGGUGAGCAGUUGGUGAAGGAUGUAAGGAAAGCUGGUGGGAUAUUAACAAUGGAGGAUUUGAAAAAUUACAAGGUUGAUGUAAUGGAUGCCAUGGCUGCAAAUGUGAUGGGCUACAAUGUGUACGGAAUGCCACCUCCUUCAAGUGGAACUGUUGGGUUGUCUCUGGUCUUGAACAUCUUUAAUAGCUAUGGAAAUUCAGAUGCUGCAAAGGGGAAUCUAGGAGUACAUCGCUUGAUUGAAGCAUUGAAACACACGUUUGCUGUUCGAAUGGAUUUGGGAGAUCCGAAAUUUGUCGACAUUCACAAAUACGUCUCUGAAAUGCUUUCUUCAAACUAUGCGGAGCAAAUUCGGAAAAAGAUACUAGAUAAUGCUACAUUUCCUCCAGAAUAUUAUAUGAACAGGUGGAGUCAGCUUAGAGAUCACGGAACUAGCCAUUUCUGCAUUGUCGACGGCGAGAGAAAUGCAGUAUCAAUGACGACCACCAUAAACUAUUAUUUCGGAGCAGGGCUGCUUUCGCCUUCUACUGGGAUUGUGCUAAAUGACGAGAUGGGUGACUUCUCAGCGCCCACAGAUAUAACUCCUGAUAUGCUUCCUCCUGCUCCUGCAAAUUUUAUUGAACCCAACAAGAGACCUUUAUCUUCCAUGACCCCCAUUAUUGUUACUAAGGAUGAUAAGCUGGUAGGAGUCUUGGGAGGCAGUGGAGGCAUGUACAUAAUUCCAGCAGUGAUACAAGUUUUUAUUAACCAUUUUAUCUUGGGAAUGGAACCUUUAACCGCAGUUCAGAGUCCAAGGGUCUACCACGAGUUAAUACCUAAUGUUGUCCAGUAUGAGAACUUCACUGUGAUCGAUGGUGAUCACAUAGAGCUUGCUGAGGAAACAAAGCUCUUCUUGAAAGAGAAGGGGCACCAAGUGGAGUCUAUGGAACUAGGAGCUAUAGUUCAGCUUGUUGUUCAAACCCUGGAAAGCCCCAUUGACAUGGGACGUAAGAAUGGAAAAGGGUCUAAUAAUGCCCAAAUAUUCCAUGGGACACUUACUGCAGUAAGCGAUCCUAGAAAGGAUGGGAGACCUGCAGCCGUUUGAUCUGUAAUUGUUUUUGUGAUGGGAAUAUUCUAGACAAAAUGUACAAAGUAACAAGCUACUGUGUAGAAAGAUAUUGUUUGCAGAGUAUUAGUCCAUUCAUACAUAAUUUAAACUUGUGAAAUUAUUAGAUGAUAUUUGUAACUCCUCGUUUGACAUAAAUGAUUUUGUAAGAAUUCAUUUCAUCUCCAUACAUUCAUGAAAAUUUUUCAAGUUAAAAAAUUUUAAAUUCUUUUAUCCUAAACAAGAAUUUUGUAACAAAAGAAUUCAAUUAAAUUGAAUUCUUACAAAAAUUUUUAUUCCAAACGAAGGGAACAUAAAUUUAUGUUACCUGUUAGUACAUAACAUUCAGUGUUAAAACGUGCUAGUUUAACCCAUGAAAGUCCUACUUCCAGCAGGAGAGAUUCUGCAUAGCUAUCAAUAUCAUGGGGAGUGUCAUAGGUCAAGUCUUAAUACAAAAUUUUGAAUAUAAAGGAAUCCAGAUAGAUACAUUGUAUAGAGGAUGAAAGAAAUCUAUAUGCUUGGGCAUCGGUUAUUCUUUGAACACAAGCGUUGUCACUGAGCAAAGCACAGGUUCCUUUCCUCAAUGGCAUGGUAAAGGAAACCCACAGAGGGAAUUUAAACUAAUUACGUUCUCUUAAAAUGAGAUGUGUGGCAACCAAUUAGGCUAUGAAUUUGCUAAACUAAAGCAUGCCAUAAAAU